AUGCAAACUAAGCACUUAACCUUCUUUUCCCUCGUGCUCGGUGUAGCCCUAGCCAUACCAGCACCAACCGAACUCCUGAACAGUAAGGACCGCAGGAUUGUCAACGGUACCGAUGCGUCCAUCUUAGAUUUUCCCUUUGUGAUAUCUCUUCGUGGUGGAACCGGAAGCCACUCUUGUGGAGGAAGUAUCUUGUCCGAACUAUGGAUACUAACGGCCGCUCACUGCGUUGGAGCCACCACUGUCUUUAUGCAGACGGUUCAAGUGGGGCGCACUGACCUAUCUGUGAAAGUGGACGAAUCAGUCUACAGCAUCGAACAAUCCAUUCCUCAUCCCGAAUACGAUUCCCGCAACAGUUACAUCAACGAUAUUGCUCUGUUGAAGCUAGCAAGGCCCCUAACGUUUAGUGAUCGUGUCUAUCCGGUCCAAUUACCCAAAGAUAUGUUCGAAGUCGAGGAUGAUCUAAAUAAUCUGGAAGUAACGCUGAUCGGUUGGGGACUGUAUGCUACCGGUGGAGUGGCUCCUACCACGCUCCAGCGCGUCGAUUAUUACGUCGUUCCGAAUGAGGUGUGCGAUGCGAUCCACUCGAGCACAAUCUAUCCGUCACAGAUUUGUGCCGCCUAUCCUGAAGGUGGCAAGGGACAGUGCAGUGGUGACUCUGGAGGUCCGCUGGUACAUAACGGAGUUCAGGUGGGCAUCGUUUCUUGGAGUGUCAAACCAUGUGCAGUUGCGCCAUAUCCUGGCGUCCUGACUAAGGUUUCGCACCACUUGGAUUUCAUACGAGAACACACAAGUAUUCUGCAGUAG